AUGAGUGUGAAACAGAUUUCUGGAAAAUUUGAAUUCACCAAUAUCAAGUGUAAUUCCGUGGAUAAGAGUUUUGAUGACUUCGAGUAUUGUUACUUGAAGUCUGUGAAUCGGAGCUAUAAGUACCUCUCCCUAAAAGUGAACUUAUUCAAAACGCCUAUUACUAAAAUUAAAGUCACUGGAAUAGUAUAUAAAAGGUUCAACGGUUACCGGCCUUUUAUGUACAAUGUUACUGUGGAUUUCUGUAGACUUAUGAGUGGAGCCAAUAAAAAUCCAAUCGCUAUUUAUGGGUUUAAUUUCAUUAAAAACUAUUCAAAUAUUAAUCAUACCUGUCCUUAUGAUCAUGAUCUUUUAAUAGAAAAGCUUGAUGCCAACUUUAUGAACUACCAAGUUACAAAGGUUCUACCUGUGCCGGAGGGCGAUUACCUUUUGGAAGUGCACUGGAUUGCUUACGAUAUAGAAAGGGCGGUUGUAAAAUUUUUCGUUACAAUUUCUUAA